GCAAAAUUAUUAAAAAAGGACGUUAGCGCGCGCAACCAGCUCAGAAUAUCAGUUUGCAGUGAAAGGAGCAACAACUCACAGCAGCUGCGUGAGCCACAACAAAGACCGAACUCUUCAGACUUAAAUUAUUUUCCUGUACUUCGCGACAACUUCACUCUGCUGCCAGUUUACUGGAGCGACGCUACGUCGAAGUUAAGCUUUCCCUUUCGGUCUACGCACACGUAACACUCCGCAGCAACCAUGUUUGAGGCUCGCCUGGUCCAAGGCUCAAUCCUGAAGAAGGUGCUGGAGGCCCUGAAGGACCUGAUCACAGAAGCCUGCUGGGAUGUCAGCUCGUCGGGCAUCUCCCUGCAGAGCAUGGACUCCUCUCACGUCUCCCUGGUGCAGCUCACGCUGCGGCACGACGGCUUCGACUCGUACCGCUGCGACAGAAACCUCGCCAUGGGGGUCAACCUCAGCAGCAUGUCAAAGAUCCUGAAGUGUGCAGGAAAUGAGGACAUCAUCACUCUUAGAGCUGAGGACAAUGCAGACACACUUGCCCUUGUGUUUGAGACCCUCAAUCAGGAGAAAGUCUCCGAUUAUGAGAUGAAGCUCAUGGACCUGGAUGUGGAGCAGCUUGGUAUUCCAGAGCAGGAGUACAGUUGUGUGGUGAAGAUGCCCUCUGGCGAGUUCGCCCGCAUCUGCCGUGACCUCUCUCAGAUUGGGGACGCCGUCAUGAUCUCUUGUGCCAAAGAUGGAGUGAAGUUCUCCGCCUCAGGGGAGCUGGGCACCGGAAACAUCAAGCUGUCCCAGACCAGCAAUGUGGACAAAGAGGAGGAAGCUGUAACUAUUGAGAUGAAUGAACCCGUGCAGCUGAUCUUUGCCUUGAACUACCUGAACUUCUUCACAAAGGCCACGCCUCUGUCCAAAACCGUCACGCUCAGCAUGUCUGCUGAUAUCCCCCUGGUGGUGGAGUACAAGAUUGCUGACAUGGGACAUGUCAAGUACUACUUGGCCCCGAAAAUUGAUGAGGAGACUUCUUAAGUCAUACGUAACAAACCAAGAAGGGAGAGUGGAGGGCAGCCUGUCAGUGGCUGUUCCAGAGGGACUGAGGAGCUGUGGUGACAUCAUGGUGGGCAGCGUUCCGGGCUUCUGUUUUAUGAGGACUAUCAGAGUUGCAGAGUCAGCAUUUGUCAGCGGCCAGCUGGUGCUGCUGUCGUGGUUCUGCUCCCCACAUUGAGCGAAUUCCAGCACUUUUUCCACAUGCUCCUACAGUCUCUCCCUCUCCUUUUGCCUGUUCUGGGAAGCAGUUGUUUUUGUAGAUAACACACUUGUAAAUAAUUGAUUUCACACUGUCGGUCAACUCAAAUGUUUUUGUAUUCAUGCAAUCGGCAAAAAUUAAAUGAUUCAAACAGUCUCAGA